GCUGCAUCUUGACCCCAGUCGCGUUUUCUCGUGUCCAAGCGCCUGUCAAUGGAGCGCAUUGAACUCUACCAAAGUUCGUGACCCAUUCCAUUGUUGCUCCAAAGUACAGCCAGGAGGUCGUUAAUACCGCGAGAGAGUCACUCGUUCGAAACAUCAGGUUCAUCAACCUCAAUCAGUAGCUUCAAGCGCUUCCAGCGCUUCCAGCGCUUCCAGUGCAAUUGCGCCCACGACCGCACCACCCAUUCAUCAUGUGGCCCUUCUCAAGCUCAGGCACAGACAGCGCACCGAAGCUCGUGAUGGCGCCCGCGACCGAACAACAAGUCCAGCUCCUCCCAGCAACAGGACAAGCCCCCCGCACCGCACAAUCGCAAUACACCACACCACCGCCCUCGAACCCUCGCGCAGCGCCCUCCUCCGCACCACACGACCCCGACUUCUACGCCGCGCAUCCCCACCUCACGCCUCCCUCGGCCUCCACACCCACAUCCACAUCCACACCGGACACAACCCCCACGCCCUCUCCUCAAGCAGAGGAAUUCGACCCCACCCUCCCCCGCAGCAUGUCCUGCCGCGCCGCCUUCGACAGCGCCUUCUACUGCUCCUCCCUGGGCGGGCACUUCAACGACAUCUACCGGUACGGGCAACUGCGCUCAUGCAGCGAGCACUGGAAUGAUUUCUGGUUCUGCAUGAGGACGAAGAACAGCUACUCGGGCCCGGAGGUCAAGGAGAGGUUGAUUCAGGAGCGGUAUGCGGAGAAGGAGAGACUGUUGAAGGAGAGGCCGAAUAGUGAGGAUGUGUGGAGACGGAGGGGGCCGGGGGAGGAGGUUAGGGAGCCUUUUGCGUUGGCGGGGAAGGAGUAG